CUGCUCUUGGCUUCUGUUUCAGGGCCUCUGGAGCUCCUUCGGGUCGGAGCGGACACCGGAUGGUAGUUUGCAAGAGGCAACUGAUUGUCUUUGGAGGAUUCCACGAAAGCGCAAGAGAUUACAUCUACUACAAUGACGCUUUUGCUUUUAAUCUGGACACCUUUGCCUGGUCCAAACUGGCUCCCUCUGGACUGGCCCCAGCACCAAGAUCUGGUUGCCAUUUGGCUACCACUCCUGAAGGCAAUAUUGUCAUCUAUGGAGGCUACUCUAAGCAGAGAAUUAAGAAGGAUGUUGACAAAGGUACCCUCCAUACAGACAUGUUCCUGCUGAAGGCUGAAAGCUCAGACAAAUGGACAUGGUCUCGAAUCAACCCUUCUGGUGUGAAGCCAACACCCAGGUCUGGCUUCUCGGUGGCUGUGGGUCCCAACCACCGGUCCCUUCUCUUUGGUGGGGUUCAUGACGAGGAAGACGAGGAACGGCUCGAGGGAGACUUCUUCAACGAUAUUUAUUUCUAUGACCUGGCAAAGAAUCGGUGGUUUCCUGGACUCCUGAAGGGCCCAAAGUCUGAGAAAAAGAAAAGAAGGCGAGGACCAGCGAUGGAAGAUUCUCAGGUGGGCGAUGGAGCUGAGGGGGAGUCCCCUCCAAGCCCAGUAGAGAUUGUAAAGGAGGUGGUGGCAGAGGAUGGGACAGUCAUGACCAUCAAACAGGUGGUCUCGGUCCCUGCGGAGGAACCUCAGAGCUCAGAGUUGGAGGACGAAGAGGACGCAACGGUAGAUGAGGCUUCCAGCCAGCAAGUAGAGCCAUGUCCUCGCUCAAACUCCAUGCUGGCGGUCAAGCAUGGGAUGCUCUACGUCUAUGGCGGGAUGUUUGAAGUGGGAGACCGCCAGUUCACUCUCAAUGACCUCUACGCCCUUGACCUGCACAAGAUGGAAGAAUGGAAGGUCCUUGUGGAGAUGGAUCCAAAAACUCAAGAAUGGCUUGAAGAAUCUGAGUCGGAUGGAGAGGGAGAAGUGGAAGGUGCAGAAGGAGGGGAGGAAGAAGACGAGGAGGAGGAGGAUUCGGAUGAUGAUGAGAGUGAAGAUGAAGAUGAGGAAGAACACCCUGCCAUACAGCAUAGUGAAAAGUACGCAGACUACCUCUCUCGGACGGAGCAGUACUGGGUGAAAUUGGCCCGCCAGAACAUGGGCCCCGAUGCCAAAGAGAAGAAGACGGUGAAAGUGGGACAUGCGAUGGCAAAGGCCUUCUACGAAGGGUCUGCCUAGAUUAAAACUUUUUCUACCACUCAUAAUGAAUGUUGGUAUAACGGUUGGGACUGUUAAGAGGGUUGCCACCAUGUAAUGCUAAAUGGACCUGACAUCUCCACCUCUUCUUCCUGGCCUUGCAUGAUGGGCUCUGUUUUGCCUGAAGAAUGGAUUCGUCUUGUUGGACACUGAUACUUUGCAACAUGUUUGGCUGAAUAAAUAUUUUUUCAAAAAACAAAACGUU